UUUUAUUAUAUACCGCAUUUUACUAUGCUAAAAGACAAAUUAGUUGUAAUAUUAUUUUACGUUUAUUUUGUAAGUGGUUUCUCUAACGAUUACUGUGAGAUAUGUGCUAAUCAUACACUUUGUUUAUUUCCAAAAGCAGGACCAAGUAUAUCAUGUAUAAAAUACGAUGAAAAGAGUAAACUAACAAAUGAAGAUACCAAAUCGAUUGUGGAUAGAAUUAAUUCGAGGAGAAAUUUCAUUGCAUUAGGUCGAUCAAAGAAACUACCAGGUGCUGGAAAUAUGAGAAAAAUUGUUUGGUCGGAUGAAUUAGCAAUUUUCGCACAGCGGUGGGCCGACCAGUGUGAUCUAUCACGACCGCAUAAAGAAGACUAUUGUCGCAAUCUAGAAAAUAUUGAAGUUGGCCAGAACAUAGCCACGAUGUUUGACUUGUCUUCAAACUUUAAUAUUGCGAAUUUUAUAGAAAUAUGGUUUAUGCAAUCAGUGGACUACAGAUCAAGCAUCACAUAUUACAAUGAGACUGACAACAGAACAAGCUAUUUUACUCAAUUAAUUUGGGCAAACACCGAUACCGUUGGAUGCGGGCAGGCAAGCUUCUAUUUAGAAAAUGUACGAGUACAAAGGCUCGUAUGCAACUUUGCUCCCAAAGGUAAUGUUAAAGGAAAGCCAGUCUACUUAAUUGGAUACCCAGCUACCCAAUGUCCUGAUAACAUGGUACCAGAUUUCAAAUAUAAAGGACUAUGUAAUAAAAUACAGCUUGAAGAUGAUAAGCAAACAUCACGAACUCCUGGUGGAGUUAGAAGUUUACUAAGGAUCAUUAAUUUGUCAAAUAACACCGAUUUAUUCCGAAAUAAUAAGAUUACAAACAAAAUAAAAAGUCGGAAGCUAACUACGAUAUCUAUGAACAACACUCACGCCGCUGUAAAACGAUAUCCUCAACACAACUUUUGGGAAAAACCAAUAAAUCAAUCUAAAGUUAGAGAUCACAACAAUCAUCAACUUGAAAAUCCCUGGCGAGUCUUCCACGGACUCGACGCACCCAAUAACUUAAAUAUGAUGAAUAAGAAAAUCGAAUCUGGACCACAAAAAUUCGACUCUAUAUAUUCUUUAACCCCAUUCAACAAACAGGACUCUUUAAAACUUAAACAAGAGCCAUCUUGCACUAGAAAAACUAAUUUACCUUUUACUAAAGACCCUUUACGAAGUAAUUGUGAUUACGAAAAAAUAGCUGAAUGCACAAGGGGUUAUAAAAAUCAACAUUGGACUCAAACAAAUCAAAAUAUACAAGCGACUUCGCCAUUCCUUUAUUCAAUAUGCUCAUGCGACUCGUAUACUACAACCACUCAAAGAACCACAUCCUGGAUCGGUUAUUGUCAAUGCUUAAAAAACAACCCGCAAAUAAUUUGUUCAAAUUCUCGUAGAACACAAGAUGAAUUCACAAAUGUGGUUAGUAAAAACUCUGGUACGUUCCAACACUACGAUUUAUUACCUAACUUACAUUUACGCGAACGAAUUGGACGAGAAAACGUACCGAAUAAACUUUCAACACACGUACCAGCGAAGGAAAGACUUGAUUUAGUAAAUAUUAACAAAAGAAAAGAAAAUAAUCCUUUUUACAGGCAGGCAAAGACAUAAAAGAAAUGACCCCAGAUAUACAACCUUAAUGCCUUUUUGGCAAAUGGAUGAUACUAUGCAGAAAAAAACAUCACAAUUUAAAA